AUGGAGACUGCCGAGCUGGGCCUGAACAUCUUCCAGGUCAUCCAAAACGAACUUAUUCAGCGUGAAGGCAACCGCUCCACACUAGGCCUCGGGUCCCGUCUUUCAAUCCUUGAAGACAGGCUCAAGAACCAAGAAGCAAGAAACAAAAAUGGUCUGAUCUGGAGACCCUAUCAUGCCAUUGCCCCCAUCUCUGCGCCCACCCCGGAGGCGAGAGCCACUGUAGAGGCACAAAGGAAACGUCUGCUGGAAAGAAAAGGUGCAAACCCAACAAAAGACAACAAGAACCCGACGAUGCAUGUCCGAGAUGAUGAGUUUUGGUUGGUCCAUCGCCACUUUCCGCGGACCGUGGUCGAGUUUAAGGAACUUCAAUUUCACCCUGACUGGGUACGAAGUUUGCUCGAGUUCUAUUCCAUCAAGGUCUACCGGCCAGAUAUGAGACCGGUCGUCAUCGAACCGGCUGACUGCCUUAUCGACGUUCAACAAAACCUCGAGACGUGUCUCGAGGAGCUGGCCACCACUUGGGGACUCAAUUGGUCCCGAAUAGGGGGACUGACUCUGCCGGGUCAAGCCCCUCCUUUUUCAAACCCCUGA